AUGCUGGGUCAAAACGCUGCCGUUACUACCUACCAAAUUUCGCAUUACUUCAAUGAAAGGGUAGCUGCACGAAAGAGUCAUGUACAUAAGGCAAUCCACAUGAUUGCCAAAAUAGUACAAGAAGUCUUGAAAGAAGUUGAAGCACAGGAGCCACGAUUCAUCUCAACCCUUAUCGAGAAUAAUGGUCGAUAUGAAGGGAUAACAUGUGCAUUUCGCUGUAAUGGAAUUUGGCCUCGAAGUGCUAGCCACUGGCCUCGGAGCAACAUUCCCUGGCCAAAUCCAUCAAUUGCAAAUGAAGUGAAAAGUGAAGGAUUCGAUUUAUUUAGCAAGGAAACUAAUGCUGUUCAAAAUCAACCUAAUAAACAGGCCAGUUCAAUGGAAGGUGACGCGUGGGCGAUGAGUUUACACCAUGCUGAGAAUACACUGCUACAACACGGCAGCAGACGGAAAUCAUUUUCAAUUUUAAAAUGUCUACGAGAUACUCACCUUGAUUUCCCGCAAUCGCCCAUCACUAAUUACAUCUUAAAAACGCUGCUGUUGUUCGAGUGUGAGAAGCAUUACAACGAAUUUGAGUGGGAGGAACGAUUCAUUGGUGAUCGAGUCAUCGGUGUGCUUUUACAGCUGGUAUCUUGUUUACAGUGUCGGAAAUGUCCACAUUACUUUUUGCCUCAAUUAGACCUUCUUAAAGGAGAACCAACACAUCUUCUCGAUCAAAGCGCUAAGAUUACUUGGAAUCUUGUCAGACAAUUGAUCCUUAAUGUACGCGCUCUUGAAUCCUUAUAA